AAUGAAUACAUAUACAAAAUUCAAUCCACGUGUUUUCGGAUUCUUCAUGGAUAUAUUUAUUCAAGAAUUUAAUCGUUUGCAAUAAAUAAAAAUGGCCGAAUUAUUCAAAGUUUUACAACCAUUACAGUUUAUGCAAACAAUUCUUAAUUCUGGUACAAGACAUGAUGGUAGAAAAUUUGAUGAAUCUCGUCAUGUAUUGGUCAGUUGUGAUUGUGUUACCAGUGCCAAUGGUUCAGCAUUGAUAAAAUUCGGUACAUCUUCAGUGAUGUGUGGCAUUACAACGUCUUUGGUGAAACCAAAUACCGAUAAACCUGAUGAAGGCAUCAUUGAAAUAGACGUUCGAUUCUCUAACACCUGUACGAAUGAAUUGGAUAAUCCUGAUCGUACAACAAUUAGUGGUUAUGUUCGUGAAUGUGAAAAAAUUUUAUCACAUGCAAAAUGUAUUAAUCUUGCACAAUUAUGUCUUAUUCCUCGUAAAUAUUGUUGGAAGAUAAUGUUGGAGAUUAUCUGCUUAAAUAUGGAUGGAUCGAUUGUUGAUCUAUCAUUAUUGGCUACAUUAGUUGCUUUGAAGAAAUGUAAACUACGUAAAUAUGAAAUCGAAACGGAAUUCGGCCUGAUAACACCAACAAAUGAAUAUGAAAAGAUUGAAAUUCGAACAUGUCCAAUGCUUUGUACAUUCGUCAUAAUUGACAAACAUUUACUAAUUGAUCCAACAAUGAAUGAAGAAGAAUUAUCAGAUUCUACAAUACGAAUGGCUAUCGAUCCGGAUUCAUCUAUCGAUAGUGAUUGUCUUUAUUUGCUUGAAGCCACUGGAUCUUGUACAAUGGAUCAAAAUCUACUUAAAAAUAUCCACAACAAAGCAAUGAAAAGAGCUAAAUUUUUACGUUCAAUCAUGACAAAAUAUACAGAACAACCAGAUGAUGAAGAAUCCUGUCAAUUUGAACCAAUGCUGUCAUGAUAAUUUCGUGACUUUCUUCGGUCUUAAACAUUGUAAAAAAACAACAUUUCAUUUUGUUUUUAAUAAUAAUGAUAAAAAUGAGAA